AUGAAUUGCAAGACGUGCUUGCCAAAUAGCUGCACCAACUCUAUCUAUCUAUCUAUCUAUCUAUCUAUCUAUCUAUCUAUCUAUCUAUCUAUCUAUCUAUCUCUAGUCGAAUCCUCUUAUUCUUCCUUCUCAACUCCGCCCCACAUCCCUUUCUCGCCCCAUUCUUUCGCUCAACCUCUUCACUUUUCAUCUCCGCUCUUUGUAUCUCCUUCUCCCCCGUCCCUUGCUCUAUUUCCACCUCUUUCAGCUUUCACUUUUACACUCACUAUGUCCACCUUGUUGAGAGAUGAGCUCUACUCUUUCUUUCUUUCUUUCUUUCUUUCUUUCUUUCUUUCUUUCUUUCUUUUCCGUUUUAUCACAGCUAUACUCUUUCCUUCUUUCUUUCUUUCUUUCUUUUCCAUUUUAUCACACGUCUCAUUCACUCCUCUCUCUCUCCCCUUUUAUUCUUUCUUGAUUGAUACUUCUUCAUUCAAUUACUUUAAAAAAUUUAUGCCCUCUUCUUUCUUUCUUUUUAUUUCUUCAUUUAAUUCAUCUUUCAGUUACGUUUCUUUUACUAGUCUUUUUCUCGUCCUCUUUCUUUUCUUUAUUGGUCUUUCAGUUAUUAACACUUUAUGUUUAAAACCUUUCUUUCUUUCUUUCUUUCUUUCUUUCUUUCUUUCUUUCUUUCUUUUGCAUUUCUUCCCGUUUAAUUCUAUGUUGGUCUUCCUAUCUUUAUUUCUUGUUUACUCCGCUCUCUCUCUCUCUCUCUCUCUCUCUUUCUAUCUAUCUAUCUAUCUAUCUAUCUAUCUAUCUAUCUAUCUAUCUCUAUCUCUCUCACCCACUCUCUCUUUCUGUUUUUCACCCAAAUACAUUUUCUCCCCCAGAUAA